GCGCUGCAGCUGUGAUAGGCAGAGAGAGCAAUGGGGAGAAAUGAAUAAGAACCAGAGCUGAAACCGUGCGCAGCCUAACCCUGUCUGUGAUCAAGUGAAAGAAACAGGAGAAGGGGGGGAGAGAAUUAAUCAGCUCUGCCUUUUGCACCAGGCUCAGAAGAGAAGUGCCUGUAGAUACUUAUAUAUAUAUAUUUAAGAAACCGACAACCACCUUACACUGAAUAGACCCUUUCUUAAAGAGAAAGUCCUGGCAAAGCUUAAGCAAUUUCCUGAGUCUAAGAAUAGACAUGGGCUGUCUGGAAGGCACUGCAGGCUGAAAUUUGGAGACCUAGGUUGCUUUAUUUUUUAAUUAUUUUUUUAAAUAAAACUCUGCCAUUUGGAAACUGGAUUUUAAUUUUGCACUUUUAAACUGUAGGGGUUGGUGGGGGUUUAUUUUUUCUUCCACCCCCCACCCCCAAUCUCUCUCUCUCUUUUUAACUUAAACAAACUCUCUGUCCUCCUCCAGUAGAAAAACAUUUUACCUGCAUGUGACAAUCCCAAAGGGAGCUGAGCAGCGAGAGAGGGGAAGCAACUAUCUUCUGCACCAUUUUACUCCUACCCCCCACGGUUUUUUUUUCUGGUGGGAGGGGGGGGAGAAGGAUCUUUCCCGGCCAAGGUUUUCUCUCCCCAGGUUUUGGAAGGGGCUUGAAGACUGUUCCCCCUAUUGGUGGGGGAAGGAAGAGGGCGUGUUGCCCUUCAUACUCUCUUGCUUUGGUUUUGUGAAGGGCUGAAACAGUUUUGGGGGUGUGGGGUCUUCCUGCCCCGCCUGGAUCAAGAGGAUGGUUUGGAAAUGGCUGGGCGCUUUGCUGCUUUUCCCCGUGCAGAUGGUCUAUUUGGUGGUCAAAGCUGCCGUGUGCAUUUUGCUGCCGGCCAGGCUCCGGGACUUGUCCGGGGAGAACGUGCUGAUCACCGGCGGGGGCAGAGGCAUCGGUCGCCACCUGGCCAGGGAGUUUGCUAAGCGAGGAGCCAGAAAGAUCAUCCUGUGGGGUCGAACCGAGAAGUGCCUUAAGGAAACCACAGAGGAGAUUAGAAUGAUGGGAACAGAGUGCCAUUACUUCAUUUGCGAUGUGGGAAAUCGAGAGGAAGUCUAUCAGCAAGCCAAAGCUGUCCGGGAAAAGGUGGGUGAUAUCACCAUCCUAGUGAACAAUGCUGCUGUCGUUCAUGGCAAGAGCUUGAUGGACAGCGAUGACGAUGCUCUACUCAAAUCACAACACAUAAAUACCCUGGGACAGUUCUGGACCACCAAGGCCUUCCUGCCACGCAUGCUGGAGCUGCAGAAUGGGCACAUUGUUUGCUUGAACUCUGUCUUGGCCUUGUCAGCCAUCCCUGGUGCCAUUGACUACUGCACCUCCAAAGCCUCUUCCUUUGCCUUUAUGGAGAGCCUGACCUUGGGCUUGCUGGACUGUCCUGGAGUGAACGCUACGACAGUCCUGCCGUUCCACACCAGCACAGAGAUGUUUCAGGGCAUGAGAAUAAGGUUCCCCAAUCUUUUCCCCCCACUGAAGCCAGAGACAGUGGCCAGGAGAACAGUAGAAGCUGUUCAGCUGAACCAAGCCUUCCUCCUCCUUCCGUGGACAAUGCAUGUACUUGUCAUCUUGAAAAGCAUUCUCCCUCGGUCAGCACUUGAAGAAAUCCACAAGUUUUCUGGAAGCUACACCUGUAUGAACACGUUUAAAGGGCGAACAUAGACCUGGCCAUACUUAGACUCAUUCUAAAGUGAAGCCAACACAAGCAGCAAAAUCCUGACAAGAUUGUGAAUCAACGGUCUUGGCUUUUAGCCUGCCUUGCUCGCGUGACUUGUGCUGCUCUCAGGCAACCAAUUUCUUGCAGGUCAUAUCCAUAGCAACAUGACCUUUGCACAGGACCGCAUGGCUAGACUGGACUUUUGGGAGGAACAACAAAAAUGUUGAGAUGUUUGUACAAUGUUUAAUUCUUUAGAGUCUGAUUGUUAAAUCUGCUCAUAGUUUUAAGAUUUAAUUGUACCCUUAGGCUGCUCCAACCAGGGCGCAGCACAUCCCUCCCCACUCUGCUAACAGGAAGAGCAACUAGUGUUGAUUUCAGAUCAGCUUAUUGAAUGAGAAUUUUAAAAAUGGCUUUGCAGGGUUACUAGUUAAGGGUGUUUAUUGGGAUCCCACUUUUUCCCCCCUCACUGCAUUGGGUGGCUGUACUUUACAACCAUUGAAGCCGAUUGUUCCUCUAAUUCCUUCGGCAUCUUUGGAAAGGAGUAAACAGCUGGUCCGUUGAGGGACCACUCAAGAAGCCUGCGUGUGGAAGGACAACGCUAGCCAUAGCAAGUCUUUAUUGCUGAACUGGGAGGCUCAGACUGAAUAGUGGAAGGUCCCACUUGCCACUGAAAUCAUGUACAGAAAGUAAUGGUCUUUCUGACUAUUUUUGUUCAUUUAGGGUGAAAUAUAAUUUCCUUUUAGCAAUAAUCCCUAGAUUUCCACUCAUUUAGCCAGUGUUGGCUUGGAAACAAACUAACCUUAGGGCCUUCCUCGGCACACCCUUAUUCACCCAAGCAGUCCUUUUGCCGAGAAAUCCCAUUGGUCAACCCCCACGGAGAAGUAAAUGGAAUAUGUUCCAAAAAGCAGAAGGGAUGUAACGCAUGGACAUGAAACGUGAAGGUGGGAAGGGCCUGAUCUAACACCCAUUGAAAUCAAUGGGGAUCUUUCCAAUGUCUUAUGUGACAGCUGGCUCAAGCCCUAAAUGAGCUGAAAAAGGGAGGAAGCCGUGAGGUAGAAUUCCCAACUAAACGUUCAUUUUUUAUUAUUCUUGGGGGUUUUUUUUUUGUACAAUACAGUUUCUUUAACAACCAGUGUAGUGCAGCAACAUAUCCCCAUGACCGAUCCAAUGUGCAGCUCUGGGCGAAUUACCACGUAUUAAACAUAAGAGAACACAACCGAGGGAGGAAUUAAUCUUAACUGCAGCAAAGAUUGGCCGCAGGUGUGAUAUGCGAGCGCCUCAAGACAAGUGCUUUAAGGACAGUCUUGUGGCUAAAGCACAGGAGUGUGAGUUAGGAUUCCUGCCUUCCGUUUGCAACUCUGCCUCAGAUUUUGUGUGGGACCCCGGGGCAAGCCACUUCACUCUCUGUGCUUCAGCUUCUCGAUCCGCAAAGCAGGGAUACCAAUAUUUCCUGAUCUCACUGUUGUGAGGCUCUGUUCCUUAAUGUUUGUCAAGUGCUUUGCAGUCCUCAAAAUGGUGGGAGCAAAGUGGUGUUUGCUUACAGACUGAGAGGUUACUUGCAAAAAUGUAGAGACAAGAGGAAGAAUCCACAUAAUAAAACAUCUGUUUCUAGAGGA